AAAAGGUCGCCGUCCAAUGCUACGUCAUAUUUACGCGUCGGUGUUGUUGUUGCUAUCAGCGGCCGCCAGCGUUUGAAUUUGCGGUUGCCAUCAUGGUGGCAUUUCCAAGUUCCCUGACGGAGGAAGAAGAGGCACUGCAAAAGAAAUAUGCUAAACUAAAGAAAAAGAAAAAAGCAUUGCUUGCCUUGAAGAAGCAGAGUUCAACCAACCAGACAAACCAGAGUGGCUUAAAACGCACACUGUCGGACCAGCCUGUCGUUGACACUGCAACAGCCACAGAGCAAGCAAAAAUGCUCAUUAAGUCGGGGGCCAUCAGUGCUAUUAAAUCUGAGAACAAGAACUCUGGCUUCAAACGAUCUCGAAUGCUGGAAAUCAAACUCAAGGACCCUGAAAAAGGCCCAGUUCCUGCUUUCUUACCAUUCCAAAGGAGCGUCUCUACAGAUGAAGACCAACCUGAGUCUGGAAAGAGAGCCCACAGGAAAUCUCUGUAUGAGAGCUUCGUCAGUUCCAGCGACAGAUACCGGGACGAGGACGAUGGAGGUGGCAUGUCGUCCAGCCGUGACAUGGACAGAGACAGAGAGCGAGAGCGUGACCGAGACCUGGAUAGAGAGCGGGACAGAGAUCGAGAAAGAGACAGAGACAGACAGCGGGACAGGGAAAGAGACAGAGGCAGGGACAGGGACAGAGACAGGGACCGGGAGCGAGAAAGAGACAGAGACCGAAGCAGAGACAGAGAUCGAGACCGGGACCGGGACCGGGACAGAGACAGAGAUGGACCAUUCAGACGGUCAGACUCAUACCCAGAGCGGCGAGGCGUGCGAAAGGGGAACACGGUGUACGUUUACGGUUCUGGGCUUGUUGAGGACAGCCUGCGCUCUGCCUUCUCUCAGCACGGAAACAUCAUUGACCUCUCCAUGGACAACCCACGCAAUUGUGCUUUUAUCACAUUUGAGAAGAUGGAGUCUGCUGACCAGGCUGUGGCUGAGCUGAAUGGAAGCACGGUGGGAGACAUUCACAUCAAAGUCAGCAUUGCCAGGAAGCAGCCGAUGCUGGAUGCUGCCACUGGCAAAUCUGUGUGGGCUUCACUGGCUGUGCAGAACAGCACUAAAGGCUCCUACAGGGACAAGAGGAACCAAGUGGUGUACAGUGAAGAUUUCCUGUGAUGACGAGUUCCUUUCUUUGUGUUUUUGCUUUUAAGACUGCUUAAAUUGUAUGGAUAAGUAGGAACAUUUCUGUUGUCUUUUUUGAAUCAGUAGUUGGAAUGUGAUGCUACGUGUGGCAGCUUUGCUCAUGAAACUAGAGAUUUGUUUUGUGGAGCUCAAUAAAUACUAUUUGUGCUUUGUUA